AGAGAUUCUGAAGUCUUCGAUUUGGACCGAAGUUCGAGGUUGGAGAGAGAGUGAGAGAAAAAUUACGGAGGAUGUAUAGUCUGUUUUUAAUCUUAUCGAACGAAAUAUAUGCGACUGAUCGUUACCACGUCGUAAGGAGGAUGCCGAUCAUUUUGGAUGACUACAAAGUCGAAACUACCUGAUGAGACUAUUGAGCUUAGUCGAAACGCGUCGUAGAAUGCUUGACUCACACCCACACCCCACCCUCAAAAUUCGAUAUGAUGUUAUCAAUUAUCUAUAGACCAUCAGGUGGAAUAUCAUGUUCUUUGGUAUGUGCAGAAGAUCUAUUUGAUCAAUCAACAGUACAAACAUUACUUGAUCGAUUUGCGCACCUCAUGAACUCCCUUUUUCACCCAUCAGUUUUGUCGAAUGAAACACAACUAUCAUUGUAUCAGUUGUCUCUGAUAUUACCACAGGAACAAUUAUUGAUUGAUGCAUUGAAAACUCACGAUAUAGAUCGAGCACCAGCUAGGGAAAACAUCAUUUAUCAACUCUUCAAUCAACAAGUAGAAAAACAUCCACAAAAAGUAGCAGUUGAACUUGAUGAACAAUUACUCACUUAUAGUGAAGUUUGUUUCUAUGCUCAACAAUUGGCAAUUGUUCUUCGUAAUUCGAAUGGUGUGAAGGAAGGUGAUAUCAUUUGUCAAUGCGUAGAACGAAGUAUAUCAAUGGUAAUUGGUAUGAUAUCGAUUGAAAUAGCUGGUGCUGUUUAUUGUCCAUUAUCACCUCAGGAUCCCGAUCAACGAUUACAGACAUUAUUGAAAGAAACAGAGUGUGGCGUGGUUUUGGUUCAUGAUUUAACACGAGGAAGAUUUGAAAGCAAUCAAGUGACGGUAGAUGUCGAUGCUGUUAUUGGAAGAAAUCUUUUUACGAAGGAAAGGUCUGUUGAUCGUUCCUUGGAGUUAAUGGUGACUGGAGAAAGUAUUGCUUAUGUGAUUUUCACAAGUGGUUCAACCGGUGUACCAAAACGGCUCAAUGAAAAGGACACAAUUUUACAAAUGUCACGUUGUUCUUUCGAUAUUCACGUUGAAGAUAUCUUAGGUGCAUUGAUUAUAGGCGCGAGUCUUGUAAUGCUUCGUCCAGAUGGUCUAAUGGAUUUACCAUAUUUAGUUAAUAUAUUCGAGGUGAAAAUGAUAACCUAUUUGAAUAGUGUACCUAGUUAUCUUGAAGUAUUAUGCCGAUAUCUUGAACGACAAUCAGGCGAGUCUAAUUCAAAUUAUCUUCGGUGUGUAUGUUCCAGUGGCGAAACUUUACCAACUCAAUUAACACAUAGAUUAAGAAGAUAUUUAUUAUCAAAUUCGACAUCAACAAACCAAAGUCGUAUAUGGAAUCAUUACGGUCCUGCUGAAAUUACAAUCGGUUGCACCUAUCAUCUUGUUGAUACUACAUGUGAGUAUAGUACUGUUCCAAUCGGUUCAAUGGCACCUGGUUAUCGUGGUAUAAUCGUUGAUACCUUUGGAGAACCUGUUUUCAUUGGUCAAGAGGGAGAACUACUUGUGGGAGGCGUCGGUGUUUUUGCUGGCUAUCUUAACCGUGAUGAUCUAACGAAAAAUGCCUUAGUUGAUAUCAAUAGAGAAUGGUUUUAUCGAAGUGGUGAUCUUGUUCGAAUGAACAACUCCAAUUUAAUACACUAUGUAGGUCGAAAAGAUCAUCAAGUCAAAUUACGUGGACAGCGUAUUGAAUUAGGUGAAAUCGAACGUUGUUUGCUUAGCGUCUCAUCACAUAUCACAGGCGCUGUAGUUGUUAAAUGGGGUGAUAAUCAUUUAAUUGCCUAUGUUCAAAGUGAUAAUAUCACUGCGGAUCAAUUACAAGAAUAUUGUCGAUCUCAUUUAGCAUCAUUCAUGGUUCCAUCGAUGUUUAUCGUACUUGAACAAUUUCCACUGAAUGCAAAUGGAAAAUUAGAUCGUAAACAUCUUCCAGAACCAGACUUCUCAUUAUUGAUUGAUAAUCAUGAUGAAGAUGAUCAGAUGCCAUUAACUCCUCUUGAAGAACAACUCUUAUCUAUUUUUGCUCAAGCAUUUCAUGUUAACUCUCCUAAUGUUAACGUUUCAUUUGGACAACUUGGUGGUACAUCUUUGGAUGCUGUGACUGCACUUUCUAUGAUUCGACAACAAGUUUAUGGAAAUGUUGGUAUUGGUGUUCUAUAUGAUAAUCCUUCAAUAAGACAACUUGCACGCGUAUUAGAACAAUUAAUCAAUGCUAAAAAAGAAGCACCUAUCGUGGUUGUAACGACAGAGAUCAAAGAUGAUAAUCAUCAUCGACCGACACCAUCAUUAUUGAUUGAAGCAUUAGGUAUGAUGCUUCUCAUCUGUCAAUGGUUAUUACCAUUUUGGAUUGCAUAUUAUUCUAAAUAUUGUUUUUCUGUUUUAUUUAUACCCGUAACUCAUUUGUUAUCGUAUAUUAUUUGUCAACGUUUACUACUUUGGUCAGACAAACAAAUAAAACUAAGUGAUACAUUGUAUUCAUGGCGUUAUUAUCGAUGGUGGUAUCUGGAACGUUUAUGGUCCAUCAAUAAUUCUUAUUGGUUAAAACAUAUAUUAGGAACACCUAUGUAUAAUAUCUAUCUACGCCUAUGUGGUGCACGAAUCGGUCGUGGAGUGCAUAUUUAUUCAACAUUCAUUGAUGCACCUUGGUUACUUGAAGUAGGUGAUUCAACUUUCAUUGAUGGUGAAACAAUACUUAGCAAUUUAUCAUAUUAUGAUCAAACAUAUGAACUUCAUCCAAUUUGUAUUGGAACUUAUUGUUCGAUUGGUAUGUUUUGUGUUCUUUACGGCGAUAUCAAUAUCCCAGAUCAUGCUUAUGUUGAAUCUAUGUCUACAGUGACUAGUUGUUAUUCGUCAACAAAGAAACAUACAAUGAUUUAUGAUCGAUCUUUCUCAUGGAAACAAAUCAUCUAUCAAUGUAUAUGUAUUUUCUGUCUUAUAAUCAUUCACAGUGUGAUUUUAAUUCGCACUUAUUCUGUAUAUCAAUAUCUUUUGAUCUUUGAUAUGCCAAUACCUAUAGCUCUCGCCAUGAGUUGGUUAUUUUGGAGUAUAGUUAGUCUCCUCACGGUAACGUUCUUUCUGAAGUUCAUCGUAGGAUCUAUAAUACCGGGCAACUAUCCAAUUAACUCAUACUAUUUUUUACAUCGAUUAUGGUUGCGUCAAUUGAUUAUAUGUUCGUUUCAUCGUUCGUAUGAUAUCCUAUCAUUAUACGAUUCUAAUGCAAAUGCUCUUCUUCGCUGGUUGGGUGUCGAUAUCGAGGAUGAUGUUAAACUCUGUCAAUUCAAACCAAUUUUACAUUUCCCAUCGAAUUUACUUAAAAUUGAACGAGGUGUUACAACUUUUGCAAAAGUUGUACUUGCUCCAUUUGAAAUAACACUAACAGGUCACUGUUAUAUCAAUACUAUUGUACUUGGAUCUGACUCAAAUCUUGCUAAUGGAUGCAUAUUAAUGCCUGGAACCAAGCUUGCUGCUAAAACUAUGGUCGGUAAUCUAACUUUAGUUAAGCGAGAUACUUCUAUCUCUUCGAUUGGCUCAGUAUUAUUAGGCAUUCCAGCUCGUCAAAUGCCUUUUGUGAUGCCAGAAGUGGAAUCACAAACUACUGGUAAUACAUCAUCAUCAUCAAUUUUCUUGUCUUUGCGCAUAUUUGCAAUUGACUGUAUGAUAUUUCUAAUCUGUAAAUGUUUAUUCAUCACUAUAUAUUGGCGUCUACCAAUUAUAUUGGGACUAUUCGUUCACAUCGGUUUCUUUUGUUUUAUACAUCGCUGUUUGAGUUUAAGCGUGUCAUCAAAAAUGACUUUUACGUAUUCAGAAACAAUCAAUCAAACACGUCAAUUACUUACUUCAGCUCUAGUCGAAUUCAAUAUCUUUGUCAGUCCAUUUUUGUCUCAAACCCAAUAUCUUGUGUUUCUCUUUCGUGUACUUGGUGCUCGUAUCGGACAAGAUGUGAUUCUACCAACGACUGAUUGUCUCACUGAUCCUCGUCUUGUCACUAUUGGUGAUCAUGUUCGUCUUCAUAGAGAAGCAUGGUUGCAGUCUCAUACGUUUGAACAACGCUUAUACAAAGUGGCUCCUCUGAUUGUUGAACAUUCAAGUAUAAUAAUGAGUUAUUCGAAUGUUCUUGCUGGUUCUGUACUUCAUGGACGUAAUCGUCUACUUCCUCUUACAUUAGUUAUGAAAAACGAUCAAUUACCUUUCAAUACAGUUUGGUCAGGUGUACCAGCUCGACAACAUACUUAA